AUGACAUCAUCACCACGCGGAGAAGCCCUGAUUAUCAACAAUGAAACAUUUUUAAGUCAUUCGAAGCAAAUGGAUGAUCGCCAGGGAUCUAAGCUCGAUGUUCGUAAAGUUCAAGAGCAGUUUCAAGCCCUUGGAUUCAAAGUGACAACAAAAGAGAAUCUGACCAAAAGUGAUCUCAUGAAAGAGUUGGAUGCGAUGGCCAGUGAAGAUCACAGUCGAUAUGACUGCUUUGUUCUGUGGCUUAUGAGUCAUGGAGACAAAGACUUGGUUUACGGCACCGAUGGUGAGGCGGUGCUUAUCGAGACAGUUCGUGAUUUGUUCAGCAAUUCAUCCUGCCGUUCUCUUGACGGCAAGCCGAAGGUCUUCUUCAUCCAGGCAUGUAGAGGAGGUAGAGAAGAAUUGGUCGUGUCAGAUGGGCCUAACCCAGCACCCCAGAAGAGUCUACGACUUUCUGAGGGAGCCAAGCCUGCUAAUCAAGUUAGUCAUUCUCGAGCACAUUUCCUCGAGGCAUACUCAGCAGUCGAUGGGUUUUAUUCAUACAGAAAUGAAGAAAGUGGAAGCUACUUUGUUCAAUGUCUUGUCGAAGUUUUCCGUGAGUGUGUUGCGCGCGACGACAUUGACACCAUGUUGAUUGAGGUU